CGGCAACAGAAGUGACACAGUAGCUUUCCGCCGCCGACAUAUAGAUCCCUUUUCCAAGGGGUUCUUAUAGCAAGCUUACAGAGUUCACAGCCGGCAGAGAUGGUUCGUGACGUCUUGGGGGAAAUCCUUUCCAAUUGUGUUGUUAAUCCUGCAACUCGUCUAUCGACACCCUUGUGAUUCGCCUGGUCCAGAGCUGGUUCUAACGAAAGAUCAGACUUGCUCCAACCUGAACGAAGGAGCCGCUCUGGAAAUAGGAGGGAUACACCGUUAUCGACUCGUAAUUACACCGUACUGGAGUGUUUUAUCAAAGGCGUCGCUGCUAUAGACACAGAGAUUUGGAUAUUGUGACAAGAAUCGCCCGGGCAACAAGGCUUCUUAAUGACAUCUGCCCGGGCAAUACCGCAUGAGGGGCAGACGACGAUAUAGCCUGUCAGUCAACGACAGGACAGGUGUCGCGAGGACCAAUUCAAUAGCAUACGACACUGGAGCCGAGAGUGUUUGUGUCUUAAGGAUUACUGACUCCAUAAUAGAGUAUGGUCUUCUCUCAUGCCUUAUUGGCUAGUUUAUUGCGUUUCCUUCUACUCAGGUCUCUGGUUUGACAGUCCAUAUGAUGAAGGAGUCUUGUUGAAGUGACUGAUACAAUUAUUCCAUGAUAAGGUUGCUUGAGUGCUUGUUAGAAUAUUUUGAUAACGACGGACUACCAGGACAAUUUCGGAGAGGAGAUGGCGUUUUAGUUGCUUUAUAAGGAAUGUGAAGUGCCUUCAACGCCAGUCGUUGUGGACCAGCUUUCGUGUUGAGGAUAUCCUAGAAACCAUCGUGUCUGACAACAUUAGAAAACAAGUCAGUUGAAAUUGGAUGAACGGAAAAGAGAAUAUUUAUCAUAUUGAUUCUAUUUCUUUCCCAGAUGGGGGGUUUUUGACUGAGAACUAUAACAGGCCACAGUAAAGUACCUCUGUGUGUAAAGAAACAAUUUCACAGCAGGUACUCCAUUGCCGUUUAACACAUCAGAAUUAUAGAGACGUUCAGCCAUCAACUCACCAUUCAUACGCCGUCACAUGAAACCUACGCACAGUCGUAUUCUGUUAUUCAAUGAACCUGGCGAAAUCCAUUUGAGUUGAGGCAGAGUGUUUAGGCUGCAGCGUGGCGAUCCAAUAGCUUGGCAGGCUGCGCGCUGUCAGGACUUCAGUUUAUGUAACGGAAACUGUCGCCUGCUUCACCCGAAAUAAUUCAUUGGUGGUUGAAGUGCUACAAAUGCACUGAUCUGAACAGCCGCGUGUUAGAAGCCACUGAUUUUCUGUAACUGGAGCCGUGCUGGAGUCGGAAUCUUUCCAGCUGCCUAAUGUAAUAAAUGGGAGAAAAAUACUUGUCGAACACUCCGCAAACGACGUGAAGUAAACACCAUGCUGAACGUUGCUGCCAAAUGACAAAAUCUGAUUGACGACUCCAUCUCACCGACUGACAGAAAACCAAACAUCAAACAAUCAUGGCACUUGCAGAAUCGAGAGAGACGUAUAUAGAACUCAUUCUUCGAUGGCUUGUAGACAAUAACAGUACCGAGACAGUUGACUUCGGCCAACCUUACGUCCGGCGAUCGCUUCGGUAUGUGUACCCUUUGUUUAUGUUUCUCCAUGCCGUCGUGGGUGUGGUCGGAAUUGUUGGGAACAUCAUCAUGCUAAUUGUUCUUGGCAAGAGGAAACUUUACCACGACCAGACAUUUUUCCUUCUUGGAAACCUGGCGUUUGCAGAUCUCAUCAAAUGUAUUUUUGUGCUGCCGAUAACACUUGCGAAUUUGUUGAUCCAGAACUGGCUCUUGGGAAGUUUCCUCUGUUUCUUCUUGCCAAUGAUGCAGUGCUUUCCCGUGUACGCUUCAAUGAUGACGUUUCUCAUGAUCGCCAUAGACCGUUACAGGACAAUAGUCACCCCCUUUAAAUCUCGCCUCCCUGCCGGCCUGUGUACGAUCGCCGUAUGGGUAGUUGCAGUGUGUGUGGUGUUGCCUUUUGCCGUAUAUAUAAAGUACAUUGACUUAGGUGCAUCGUUGGGCGCUCGAUUUAACGGCGUCGGGAUCUGUUACGUGUAUUUUGAGAGACGAAUUGAAGAGUACAUACGAGCUAUGUUUGUUACGUUAUACGCGAUGCCUCUAGCCAUUAUAGCUUUUCUGUAUGUUCGGGUAUCUGCGGAAAUCAAGUCCCGAGAGUCUGCUUCUAUAUCCAUUCACUUUGCUUCCAACGGAAGCGACGUCCUUCGGAACAUACCCGAUCACUCUUACCAAUCUUCGCUAGCCUGGCCGAGAGAGAACCGAGCCACGACGUCGACAUCAUCUGAGGUAGGAGCAGCGGCAGAGCCGACUCCACCGCAGGUCAAAUCCUACAACGAACGGGCAACGCAAGACAGUGACGACGAUUUGGAUCUGGUGAAGGAAAAGCGAACGCAAAACUACCUUAUUUCCAUGACAACAUUGUUCGCGAUGUGUUGGUGCCCUCUGCACAUCCUGAUCCUCGUGCACUACUUCGUCCACGAAAACGACGAGAACCAGGGCCACUACGACGUCACGUACAUCACGUUCACGUGGUUCGGUUUCCUCUCAACGUGCACGAAUCCAAUUCUCUUCGCAUCUUGGAGUAUGUCGAGUGCGACAAAAGAUCGCCUCAGGGGUUAUUUCCGGUUCAGCAACCGACGUCGUAGUGCGUCGUCACAGAGGAGACGUUAUCAAACUCAUCCCCACUACGUCAAUGGUUCAACAUGCACGACGUUUGAAGAGCGCAUCGGUCUGGACAACCAAGCGAGUGGCGACAAAGGCGACGAGGUGGAAGCGGUGGCAGUCUAAGGACCACCUGGCGAAGCUUGGAGAAGACAACAUGGACAUGCGUCUUAGUUUGGUACCAAUUCAGACCAUCUGAAACCAAAUCAGCUUAUCUUGGAGGACAACUCCGCAAGGAUCACCAUGCUGUUUGGGACCACAUUUGAUCGGCUGGCACAGGAGCCUCUUUUUUAACAACAUCGAUCAGCUCUGAUUAAAAGCACCAGCUUUCUUUGGACCAAUUAUGGUCGGCUUGAAACACUAGUUUCUUUGGGGCCAGGUUAGGCCAGCUUGAAGAACGGUUUGUUUGGGCCACCUUACUUUUUUUGUAAGCUGGGUCUCCAGCUGCGUUGGGACCACUUUAGGUCAAUGUGAAAUACCAUCUAGAUCUGGUCAUAUUUAGGUCAUUUUGGGCCACGAGUCUCCGUUGGUGCCGCAGUUGGAAGAUUUGCUUUGGGUCAUGCUGGACCAAGAGGAUAUGUCUGGAGAGAGAGUCAGAGCACUCGGCAACACUGUAUUCUGCUGCAGAUGAGUGACGCUACCCAGUGCUGAGUAUUGGAAUCCUGAAGAUCACUUAAUUCUUAGAAACCAUAGAAGGAAACCACAGAAACCACCUGUAACAGGAUAUGUAGGUCUUUCUCGUUAUGUUUGAAAUAACCUUGUUCAUAACAACGAUGGUGCGUCAUCGCACUCAUCAAUUGUCUCACAAUCCUACAUGGUUGGACUAAAUGUGCUGUAACACAAUGGAACUUGCAAUCUGAACGUUAAUGUUGAAAAAUGUAUAAUCUACAAUUAUUACGAGUGACAAGCAUUUUGUACAAACAUCAGUUAAUCUUUUCGAUUACUAACAGUGGAAGUCAGCACCCAUGUGAUUGUUCAGCUCCGAGAAAGACGUUCUCCGCUGGGUUGGUUGGUGCUCUUGACUAACUUGUACUUGAAAAUCAGUCUUUCCAGAAGAAACAUCUGUAUGCGUUAGACAGGUUUUCUUCUGCGUUACACACAUCGAUAACGAUUGGAAUUAAAUUGCCAUAUAUUGAAAAUAUCCCAUAAUGUUGGCGCUUGUGUUAUUGACAGAACGAGAACACAAAGUUAAACUGAAUGCGUAAACAAGAUGAAUGGUUUUGCUUUAUUUCACCACAGGCUUAAAAUAGAGAAGUCGUCUAUUCAUCAGAAGAACUGCAGGAAAGAGUGAGUUUUGUCUGAUUAUGGUAACAGACACAGAGGUGGUAGGUUGGAGCACAUGAUUGAACUGGGGUCUUCAAUUGUACACGAUAGCGGUCGUGAACAACGUCUAUGUUGCACUGCCAUCACAGUGUGUGGGGAUAAUCAUUAAGCAAAAUCCUGAUUGAUUGUACGUAGUGAUCUUCUCUGUCCUGGAUGUUUUUUAAAGCCGCGGUCUAUAAUCCGGGCUUAAAAUAAGAAAUCUGAACCAGUGGUUGAUUGCAUACGAAACCAAGACGUCGAUGACGUACGACACAACGGGGUCGAUGACAUACGAAACGACGCCGCCGAUGACCUGUAAUCAGCUUAGGUCACAAAAGAGAACAUUCGAUUCUCAUUACAACUGGUAAUUGGGAUGUAUUGGGAACUUGGGCUCUUUACACGAGUGUCCCAGUGUGGGUUUAGUUGGAAGGAAAAUAGAAUGUUUUUCGUUGUAUUUUGACUGAAUUCGGACAACGAUCACAUUUAUAUUAACCUUAAUUUAGAUGAUUGUACGUUGACUUUAAGGGAUUUUGUCUAUUACAAGACACUGGCGAAUUUUAUCUCAGUUUAGAUCAAUCUUGUUCUGCACAGUCUAAUGCUUGUAUCACUGAAAUGUUGUGUAGUUUCAAAUGUUUUUGGAAAUAUAUUUGUUUUGAUUGGGCACGAUUUGUGAUUUGAGACACUGAAGUGUAUUAAAUUGACGCCAAAUGACAUCUCGGCCUGUCAUAGUACACAGGAUGUUUUACGAUGAAUGAACUGUGAUUGUGAAGUACGCUGCAUUUGGUGUGUUCCGGUACACGAAGACUGCUGACGUCAUCGAUAUUGUGCCUUUAAGCUGGGACCAGUGCGUGGCAAGAAAUAAAGAGAAUCAAGAGGGUGUAUGUAAAUAAGGAUAUUACUUUUAUAUUAUUUGUAGCAAGGUUUGUCAUACAUUGGAAUACCUGCCAUUGGAAAGCUUGUUAUACAUCUACAUGAUCAUAUAUAGUUUUAUCAAAUCACAUUGUGUUUGUUAAUAUUGUUGUUCAAUGUUUGUGCAAGUGAUAAUAAACGACAAUAGUUUUAAAAA